AAGAUGGCCGCUUGGGGAAGGAGGUGUCUUGGCCCGGCCAGCAGUGGCGGCACCGCUCGAGAGAGGGUGAGCCUAUCAGCCACAGACUGUUACAUCGUGCACGAGAUCUACAAUGGGGAGAACGCCCAAGACCAGUUUGAGUAUGAGCUGGAGCAAGCCUUGGAGGCACAGUACAAAUACAUUGUGAUUGAGCCUACACGCAUUGGUGAUGAGACCGCGCGCUGGAUCACUGUGGGCAACUGCCUGCACAAGACGGCUGUGCUAGCAGGCACCACCUGCCUCUGCACCCCACUAGCCCUGCCCCGGGAGUACUCCCAUUACAUCUCCCUGCCUGCUGGGGUGCUGAGCCUGGCCUGCUGCACCCUCUAUGGGAUCUCCUGGCAGUUCGACCCUUGUUGCAAGUACCAAGUUGAGUACGAUGCCUACAAACUGUCUCGCCUGCCUCUGCACACACUCACCUCCUCCACCCCAGUGGUGCUGGUCCGGAAGGACGACCUGCACAGAAAGAGACUGCACAACACAAUAGCACUUGCUGCCCUGGUGUACUGUGUAAAGAAGAUCUAUGAACUCUAUGCUGUAUGA